GCAACCUACCUACUAUGGCUUCAUCUUCCCUACCACCCACUGCUACACUUACUGGCCCUUACUCCACUAAAACGCUUUCCUCCUCCUCCUCCUCCUCCUCCCUCACAACCUCUCUCUCUCCCUUCUUCCCAAACAAGUCCCAAAAACCCACUAAGCAAUGCUCUGUCUCUGUGGGUGGAGUCCGAUGCCAAGCCAAAAAUGGUGACAAUGAUCACCGGGAGCAGGGUCUAGGAAAACUCGACAGAAGGAACAUGCUCAUUGGUCUAGGCGCCGGAGGGUUGUACGGGGCUGCAGGUCUUGAAAACAACCCGUUUGCUUUCGCUGCGCCCGUAUCCGCCCCUGACUUUACCGAGUGCGGACCGGCGGACAAGCCAGAUGGCUCUACCAUUGACUGUUGCCCGCCCAUCACCAAAACAAUAAUCGAUUUCAAAUUACCCGAUCCGGGCCCACUCCGUACUAGGCGUCCGGCCCAGGACCUGGCAAAAGACCCAGUCUACUUGGCCAAGUACAAAAAGGCCGUCGCUCUCAUGCGGGCGUUACCCGACGACGAUCCUCGCAGCCUAGCCCAACAAGCCAUGGUACACUGCUCCUACUGCGACGGUGGGUACCCGCAAGUCGGGUUCCCCGAUCUGGAGAUUCAAGUUCACUUCUGCUGGUUAUUCUAUCCGUUCCACCGCUGGUACCUCUACUUCUACGAGAAGAUCAUGGGGGAGCUCAUUGGCGACCCCACCUUCGCCCUCCCCUUUUGGAAUUGGGACGCCCCAGCUGGCAUGUACAUUCCUGAGAUCUUCACCGACCCCACCUCCUCCCUCUACGAUCAGUACCGAAACGCAGCGCAUCAGCCUCCAAAGCUCCUAGAUCUCAAUUACGGUGGGAGCGACGAUGACGUGGACGAUGCCACGCGAAUCAAGGAGAAUCUGACUACCAUGUACCAACAGAUGGUGUCCAAGGCCACGUCCCACCGUCUUUUCUAUGGGGAGCCGUACAGCGCCGGUGACGACGCGAGUCCGGGAGCUGGAAACAUUGAGAGUAUCCCACAUAACAAUAUCCAUUUGUGGUCGGGCGACCCGAAGCAGACCAACGGAGAGAAUAUGGGAGCCUUUUACUCUGCGGGUCGGGAUCCUCUGUUUUACUCCCACCACUCGAACGUGGAUCGCAUGUGGUCCAUAUAUAAAGAUUUGUUGGGCGGUACGGACAUAGAUAAAACUGAUUGGCUGGACACCGAGUUCUUGUUCUACGACGAGAAAAAGAACCUCGUGCGUGUGAAGGUUCGGGACUCGCUCGACACCAAAAAGCUCGGGUACGUUUACGACAACAAAGUUCCGAUCCCGUGGCUUAAGGCGAAGCCAAACCCUCGCAAAUCGCAGAACCAGAGGAAGGCGGCGGUUUCGUCUGGCGAUCUGACAACCACGUUCCCGGCAACGCUGUCCGACAAGAUCAGUGUUGAGGUGGCAAGGCCGUCGACGACGAAGCGGACGAGUGAGCAGAAGAAGGCGCAAGAUGAGGUGUUGGUGAUCAAAGGGAUUGAGUUUGCCGGGAACGAGCCGUUGAAGUUUGACGUGUUCGUGAACGAUGAUGCGGACUCGGAGGCCGGGAAGGACCAGUCGGAGUUUGCAGGGAGUUUCAUCCACGUACCGCAUAAGCAGAAGAAGAAUAUAAAGACGAACCUGCGGCUGAGCAUUACGAAGUUGUUGGAGGAAUUGGAUGCGGAAACGGACAAGAGUUUGGUGGUGACUUUGGUGCCGAAACUUGGGAAAGGGCCGAUCACCAUUGGUGGGUUCAGCAUCGAGCUUCUGAACACCACCUGAUCAGUUGAAGCUUACCUGCACUGCACCUGUUGAGUUGGUCUGAUGUGAUUGAUCGGAAGUCGACUAGCUGGCUUCAAACCCUAAUCGUGCAUGGAUGUUAGUUUUCAAUAUCGUCACCUUUGAGUUUAAUUAUCUGUAAUUAUGCUGACGUAAGCCCACUGCUUACGUGGAGCAUUGGUGUUUGCCCUUGUUUUUAUAAGGCAUCGGUGUUUGUAAUUCUCAAUAAAACGUAUGUUGAGUGUGUUUAAAUUA